AGCAGUGCGCGCAGCUUUUAUUUUGACGAUCUACCCCGGAGUCCUUUCCCCAGCAUUUAGCUUACAGUCUUCAAAGUGUUUGGGAAACGCCAACGCAGCCAUGGGUGUCCUACUGUCCAAAUCCAUGGAUGACAAUUUAAAAAAGCAACAAGAAUUCAUGCUAAUGAAUGCACGGCUGCAGAUGGAGCGCCAGAUUCUGAUGCAGAACCAGAUGAGAGAGCGGCAGAUGGCGAUGCAGAUCGCCUGGUCCAGAGAGUUUCUGAAAUACUUUGGCAGUUUCUUUGCAGUGGCCACAGUGGGACUAACUGCAGGAGCUAUUAAAAGAAAGAACCCAGGCUUGCUGGCUCCUAUCAUUCCUCUCAGUUUCAUAUUUGCCUACCAGAUGGACAGCGCCUAUGGAACGCUUAUUAAUCGUAUGAGAGGGGAAGCUGAGGAUAUCAUGGAGACUGAAAAUGACCGUCUACAGUUACCUCAAGGGACUCCAACCUUUGAGAGCAUAGAGAAGGCCCGCCGUGCUAAAAGCAGCCUCAGUGCCUUCUUGGAGAAAUAAUGUAAUUAGUUAUUGUCUAACAGCGUGGUUCCAGAGAGGAGCUGCAGCCACUGUACAUUUCGUUUUCAACAAACCACAAAGACUAGGAAGUGGCUCACAAAGAAACCUCAGGUUUAGCUGUCCAAAACAUACCCACUCCCUAAACGCUACACAACUAUACUUUAUGUAGCAUUAAGGUAAAAGCGGCCUCAGCUCCUUCUUGGAGAUAUAAUGUAAUAAUUUAUAGAACAAACGUCCUCUGUCAUGGAAAAUUUCAGUGCCUGAUUGGUGUAUGCCACAUGUUGAUCCAUGAGUUAAGUUUUAUUACAGUGUUGUAAGAGCAUUGUGUGACCACAGCAGAUAACUUGUCUCUAAAUAUUGCACAAUUGCAGUUAUAUCACCAAUGUUUUCUUUAGGUUGUUAUUUUCCAGGGUUUGCUUUGAUUAUGUAUGAUGGACUUGAAGGGAAAUUGAUAGUAAUAUUAAUCAGUUUAUGUUAUCUCUCUGGGUUUUUUUGUUAUAUUUAGAUGAACAAGAAUACCAGCUGCUUUAAGCCUGGUUCAUGAAUGUAAUGAUGAUGAUUGAACAAAGUGGUAAGACAAUGAUUGUUGACUUUCGUCAAAGCUGCAAUUAGACCAGUGGAGAGCAGAAAUUCUCUUAAACACUCUUCAUAACAGCUCAUUUUAUCUGGCUGUUUGUGUAAUACGUCGCCUUUAAAAAGCUCCUGAAACAUGUGUCUCAUCAGAUGACUGUUGCAGGUCAGUUAUACACUUGCCUCUCUGUUUAGAUGAUAGACCGUAUGUGAAAGAUGGACGUAGCAUCCAAACCCUCCACUUUUUCUCCUUUACAUUCAGCUCCUGCUGUCCUGGAACAGCAAAGGCUUGCCCUUUCUUUCUUAUUUCAGUGGCUACAAUCCAUCCUUUGUAUUCAGUCUGCGGUUCUUUUCUAUCCGGGUCAUAGACGUGUUACUUUCUUAGAAGCUUUGUUUUGAUGAAAUCUAAAUUAGAUUUCUGCUGCCCUCUGCCAGGCUGGUAACUUUUGCAGUUGCCGAUAACCAACAGCUGAAGUGAUCAAAAUGUAAUGGUGCAUCAUUGGUAAAGAUUCUCAGACAUUUGUAUUGACAGCUAAAAUGUAUUAUUUUCAACACUAAAAUUUUAAUUAUAGGUGUGAGGGAGCUUCAAUACAAAGCUGUUGGACCUCCAACUUUUUUUAAGCCAUCGCAGUAGAUUUAAUGCAGAAUAAUCCAAGGUGCUGAUAUUUAUACUUUGUGUUUGACAUCUGGAAAAAAUUUAAAUUAAUAAAAAAAGAAAAUUGAAAAGA